AGCACAUCCAUUUUCGGAAUGAACAUUAAUGAACUCAAUGAGAAUGGACAGUCCUUGUGGGUUUUCAUUGCGACAACUGUUUCGAUCGUAGCAGCGACAAUGAUACUAUGGGGCUUCAUGUACCAGCUUCAAAAAUAUAAUUCGUUGCCGAGGAUAAGUUCCAGAUAUGAGGGAAAGCCUUGGCAGACUAGGCUAGGUCGUCUUCUCCAGCUUGUCUUCCGAGGACAUAUUAUCUGGGCCUGGAAAUCAGGAAUACUCGUCUCCCUCCUUACGGACGGCCGAGUAGCAUUCCUUAGGUCUUGUACCGAUUGUAACUCCAACGCACGCCUAGUGGUGCUACCGAAAAGGCAUAACGAGCAUCGUCCGUGUGACUAUAUCAAAGAUCAUCUCGGAAGAAGGGGCUUUGAAUGUUCUAAGCUCGAAGAUGUUCCGGAACGAAAAAUUAGGUAAAGAAAAGGGAGAUACGUAGGUACUUACUGUCCUAAAG